AUGGGAAAUAUCGAAUUCGCGCGUAAACUGUUAUCAGAAUUAAUUGAGCAAUCAAAGAGGACUGUCAAAUUCGAAGAUAUCGAAUGGCAAAACAAAUUACCUGCGCAAGCAUUUACACCACUGAUGGAUGCCUAUGGAAAACUAGGACAGUCUGAAGAGGCCAAAGAAGUUUUUGUUGAAAUGCUUUCGCACGGAGUUCAACCCGAGGGAUACGCAUAUACUAUUUUAAUGGAUGCAUAUCGAUAUGGCGGUGAUUAUCAAGCUGUUUGGCAAGUAUGGCAAAUUCUACGUCAAGCGCCAGAAAUUGGUUAUCUAGAUAUUGCAGAAUCAAAAUCGAAUUUAAGAAAUUUGAAAAUUAAAUUAAAAGCGCUAGAAGAAUCAAAUAAGAGACUCAUAGAAGGAUCUGAAGAACUUGAAGCUUUACCACAGCAACAUCCACCUAGACCACCUCAUCAUGCAUUAUCAAUUCUAAUAGACGUUUUGAUUACGACACAAAGAUUUGAUAUUGUAGAGAAAGAAUGGCAGAAGCUCAAAUCUGAAGGUUUUCCAUUUGACUCGGACAAUCUAAAUGCAUAUUCACGAGCAUUAAUAUAUUCCGGGAGAAUUAUAGAAGCAUGUGAGGUAAUAAAACGACGAUUAAUACGAGGAUGGAAUUCACAACUAGCAUUUUGGCGCCUGGAUACUAAAAGUUCAAAGGAAGAACUUAAAUCUCAAAAACAUGAAUUAUUACGGAGAAAACCAAAUCAAUUCUAUCCACAGAAAAAAACGCUCAUGUUGCUUCAGAAAGUAUUUGAACAGUUAAGAUCAGAAAAAUUGUUAAUAGUUAAUAAUAUGCUAAAAGAGAAUACUAGAAGUAAAUUAUUACCCAUCGCAGCGAAGAUUCUAACAAUGGACGAUAUUAUGAAGAUUUAUCCAGAUAUAGUAGCUGCUACUGACGCAAUAAGCCAAGCAGAGAGAUAUUCUCAAGCACAUAGAGAACAGGAAAGAUAUCAAGUAUAUUAA